UUGUCAACAACUCCAUUCCAUCAUUGAAUUCUCCCAGUUUGCGACAACACAUUUGGCGCCAUGAUGUAUUCGGAUCCACCGCAGGCGACGAGGUCAACUCAGACGGAGCCUCAGCCAAUCGAGCAACGAAAAUGCGUUCCACUGAUGAUGGUCGAUACGGAUGGCAAGAAGAGGUAUUGCUAUCAUGGCGGCAAAUGUCGUUGCCAGCAAUGCGAUAUCAUACGCCAAAAGCAGCUGGACGAGCUGGAUGUGAACCUGGAUGAGUUCAUACCGCAUUAUCAUCUCCACCUGGAGCCGACGCUGCGGCAGGUCAAGCAGAAGCAAUACAGCCUGAGGGCCAGGUACACGUCACCAGAGAUGGGUGAAAUGCUGCUCAAGGAUCACCUACGGAUCGUCAAGGAGAUACCCAUAUACUACUUGCCGGACAAGUACUACACCAAGUACGUGUACAACUAUGAGAAUCCACAGGAAAAGGGAACGCAAACUGAAAUCCUGAUUGGCAACUAUGGAGUCGAUGGUUGUCCGUGCGCACAGAAGAACGUUUGCUGGGACAUAUAAAUGACAUGCGGAGGGACGGGCGUUGAUUGGUCGCAUAACCGAUGAAGAUCCUACUAAGUCGGUUGAACUAACAACAACAACAACAACAACAACU